AUGUCUUCCGCUUCCAAGAAGCAGCCUGAAGAUGUUCACGGGACCAAUCUGCACGGAAAAUAUGGAGCUUUCCAGAAUGAAUUGUAUAGAGCUGGAAUGCUUCAUCAAAGGCUGCCGCUCGUCACUACUGAUCCAAAUAAGCUCGAAGAGCAAGCAAAAAGCAUAAUGAAACCGACAGCGUACAGUUAUGUAGCUGGAGGUGCAGGUGAGAGGGCCACGAUGGACGCAAAUAGAUUGGCAUUUCGGCAAUGGAAAGUGGUUCCGCGUAUGCUGAGACCGACAACACGUCGAGACUUGACCAUCAAACUCUUCGGCGAAACUUACGGUGCUACCCCUCAGUCUCCAAAUUCGAAUAUAGUUAAUCGAAUUCGGCCAUAG